AUGGUCUCCUCGCUCAGGUUUCCAGAACCUAUUGCCAUCAUCGGCUCCGGCUGUCGCUUCCCAGGCGGGUGUGAUACCCCGUCAAAGCUCUGGGAGCUCUUGCGAAACCCCCGGGAUCUGCUGAAGGAAAUCCCCGAGAACCGGUUCAGUGCCGAUUCCUUCUAUCAUCCCGACAAUGCACAUCAUGGCACCAGCAAUGUGCGGCAUUCAUAUCUCUUGGAGGAAGAUUUGCGGCGGUUUGAUGCGCAGUUCUUUGGCAUCAGCCCCAUUGAGGCGAACGCCGUGGACCCCCAACAGCGGCUGCUGCUCGAAACGGUCUACGAGAGUUUGGAGUCCGCAGGACUCUCCAUUCAGCAAUUGCAAGGCUCAGACACGGCCGUAUACGUCGGGGUCAUGAGCGCAGAUUUCACGGACAUGAUCGGGCGUGAUACCGAGACAUUUCCCACCUAUUUUGCCACCGGGACGGCCCGCAGUAUUCUCAGCAACCGACUCUCGUACUUUUUCGAUUGGCACGGCCCAUCGCUCACCAUUGAUACAGCUUGUUCAUCUAGCUUGAUUGCCAUGCACCAAGCGGUGCAAGCCCUCCGUAGCGGGGAUUCCUCGUUGGCUGUUGUAGCGGGAUCCAACCUGAUUCUGGGCCCGGAGCAAUACAUUGCCGAGAGCAAAUUGCAAAUGCUCUCCCCCACAGGUCGCUCCCGAAUGUGGGAUGCCGCAGCAGACGGCUACGCGCGCGGUGAAGGUGUCGCUGCCAUUGUCCUCAAGCCAUUGAGUCAGGCAGUCGCCGACGGAGACGAUAUCGAAUGCAUUAUCCGGGAGACAGGCGUGAACCAAGAUGGGAAGACCCCGGGAAUCACAAUGCCCAGCGCAACCGCCCAAGCAGCUUUGAUCCGGUCCACCUACGCCAAAGCAGGGCUCGAUCUCUCCAGGCGCUCGGACCGGCCACAAUACUUUGAAGCACAUGGUACCGGAACUCCUGCCGGUGACCCGAUCGAGGCCAGAGCCAUCAGCACUGCUUUCUUUGGUUCCGAUCUGAGCUUUUCGCCUGAUUCCAGGGAUGACACUCUGUUUGUUGGAUCCAUCAAAACAGUUAUAGGUCACACAGAGGGGACAGCGGGUUUGGCCGCGGUGAUCAAGGCCUCUCUGGCACUUCAGUCUGGGAUUAUUCCACCCAAUCGACUUCUGGAACAGCUUAAUCCGGCCAUCAGGCCUUUCUACGACAAUCUUCAAAUCCUCUCAGCCGCUGAGGAUUGGCCACAGCUGCCGCCGGGCGGGGUGCGGAGGGUGAGUGUCAAUAGCUUUGGCUUUGGUGGUGCAAACUCCCACGCCAUUCUUGAAAGCUAUGAGCCGUCAAUCAGCUCACCUGGUCCCGCUAGUGACAUCGCGUUCACCCCAUUCGCGUUCUCUGCAGGCUCAGAAAGUGCGUUGCUGGCUAGUCUGCGUGUAUACCGCGACUUUCUGUCUACUAGAAGCGAUAUUCGGAUGAAUCAACUCUCUUGGACUUUAAGCAGUCGGCGCUCUAUUCAUACUUCUCGCCUCGCCAUCGCUGCCUCGACUAAAGACGACUUGGUCGUCAAGCUCGAUGAAAUAGUCGAAAGUUAUGGUAAAUCAAACACUUCCGUGGACCUCAGCCACCGGAAGCCCCAUACCGACGAGUUGCGUAUUCUUGGGAUCUUCACCGGCCAGGGCGCGCAAUGGGCCCGUAUGGGUGCGGAGCUAAUUGAAAAAUCCCCUGCUGCGAGCAAGAUAAUCGACGCAUUAGAACGUAGUCUACAGGCUCUCCCACCGCAUGAUCGACCAACUUGGUCACUCCGAAAGCAGAUCCUCGCCACGGCAUCUUCAUCGCUGGUGGGCACGGCGUCGAUAUCACAGCCCCUCUGCACAGCGAUCCAGAUCAUGUUGGUGGACCUGUUGCGUGAAGCGGGUAUUCGCUUUACGGCUGUCGUCGGGCACUCUUCAGGAGAGAUUGGCGCUGCUUAUGCCGCUGGUUGCCUGUCCGCAGAGGACGCCAUUUGGGUCGCGUACUAUCGCGGCCUGCAUCUGAAGUCUGCCACUCAGCAAGGCCUCAUGCUGGCGGUGGGAACUACUUUCGAGGAUGCAAAGGAACUGUGUGAUCUGCCCACAUUUUCGGGCCGGGUGUGUGUGGCGGCCAGUAACUCCCCCGCCAGUGUUACGCUCUCCGGAGAUGCCGACGCGAUUGAGGAGAUCAAAGUCGUUUUUGAUGAAGAGAAGAAAUUCACACGACUGCUGAAAGUGGACCGGGCAUACCACUCACACCACAUGCAGGCCUGCGUAGAGCCAUACGUGCGGUCGCUGCAGCAGUGCCAGAUUCAGUCUACCCUCCCGCACAAGGACCGGUGCGUCUGGAUAUCUAGUGUCUUCGUUCAGGAUAUCCUCGAAGUCCCUGAGAACGUUGCCGAUCUUUACUGGGGUUCCAAUCUGGCGAGACCGGUUAUGUUCGCCGAAGCCCUGCAACUCCUGCUUGCACGAGAAGGUACGUUUGACCUUGCGGUUGAAGUUGGGCCGCAUCCUGCCCUCAAUGGCCCUGCCAGUCAGACAAUUCAGGAUGCUCUGGGCCACUCCAUCCCAUAUACCGGGGUCCUACAUAGAGGCAACAACGAUGUCGAGGCGUUUUCAACCGCUCUCGGUUUCAUCUGGACCACGUUUGGAAAAGCCGCUGUGGAUUUUGCCAGAUUCUCAAAAUUUGUAUCGGAGUCGCCUGACCAACCGCGAGUCCUUAAAGGACUCCCUACGUACCAGUGGGAUCAUAGCAGGACCUUUUGGCACGAAUCUCGCGUUUCCAGAGCGUUCCGCACUCGUAAGGAUAUUCCAAAUGAGCUUCUGGGCCGACAGGUCGUGGAUGGAGCCCCCGACCAGUUACGCUGGCGCAACAUUCUGAGGCCCAAAGAGAUGGCAUGGCUUGAUGGCCAUCAGGUGCAAGGCCAAAUUGUCUUCCCCUGUGCCGGCUAUGUCUCUGCCAGUGUCGAAGCAAGUAUGCGGCUCGCUCAGGCGCAGAAUGUCCAGUCCAUCGAGCUGGAGGAUUUCGUUGUGGGCCAAGCAAUUGUCUUCAACGACAACAAUUCCGAGGUAGAAACUCUGAUUACAUUGACUGACAUCGUUCGUCAUGAGCAGGCGAUAUUUGCCAGGUUUUCAUUCUACUCAUGCCCGACAAAUACCGAGACCCUUGAAUUAUUCAGCCAUGCCAGUUGCCGACUGCGAGUUAACAUUGGUGAUAGCAUCACUGACCUUCUGCAGUCGCAAGCAGAAGCCGACUUUAUGCUGCUUGACGUGGAUUCAGACCGCUUCUACAACGCACUGGCGCAAUUGGGCUUCGGAUACUCCGGUCCCUUCCGCGCGUUGACGGGGUUGAAGCGUAAGCUGGGCAUAGCCACUGGCUUUAUCGAGAAUUCUUCUCCCUCCGUCAAGCAUACACAACCCCUCCUCAUACACCCGGCCACACUAGACGCGGCUAUCCAGUCAAUAAUGCUAGCCUACUGCUAUCCCGGGGACAGCAUGCUCCGAUCGAUACACCUUCCCACAGGCAUUGAGAAGUUGACUGUGAACCCUGUGAAUUGUUUGAAAUUCGCUGGACAGUCCGUCCAGGUUCCCUUUGGCUCGACAGCAUCAAGCAACAACUCCCGUAGCUUGCAAGGAGACGUGAGCAUCUACAGCUUUGACGGCUCUCGAGCCAUACAAUUGGAAGGACUUCAGACACAGCCCCUGUCCUCUCCGACCGAGGCGAGCGAUCUCAACAUCUUUACCGAGCUAGUCUGGGGAGUUGAUCGCCCGGAUUGCGAUGGAAUCCUCCGUACGACCAAGGUCCAGGAUUUGAACUCUGAUCUUCUGUUCUCACUCGAACGCGUUGCGUACUUCUACUUGAAGCAUCUGGAUGAAAACGUCCCUGCAAGAGAGCGAAAUGGACUCCAGUGGCACCACAAGCGGUUAUUUGAAUACGUCGACCAUGUCCUCUCCAAUGUCACCAGAGGAGUUAACCGGUUCGCCCGACCAGAGUGGGCGGGAGAUUCCAAGGACGUCAUACUGGAUAUUUUCAACCGGUAUCCCGAUAACAUCGAUCUACGUCUAAUGCGGGCCGUAGGCGAAAACCUCCCUGCGGUUGUCCGAGGACAACUGACAAUGUUAGAGCCUAUGGUGCAGGACAACAUGUUGAACGACUUUUAUGUCGUUGCCCACGGGAUGCCCUGCUACACCAAGUACCUGGCAGCGGUGGCGAGUCAGAUCAGUCAUCGUUACCCGCACAUGAAUGUCCUCGAGAUUGGUGCAGGAACAGGUGGUGCCACCAAGUCCUUCCUGAAGGAACUUGGCGAAGGGUUUUCUACCUACACGUUUACCGAUAUCUCCAGCGGGUUCUUUGAGAAAGCGUCUCAAGUUUUUGGAUCUUACAGCUCCAAGAUGAGUUUCAAAGUACUUGACAUUGAGAAAGAUAUUGAAUCUCAAGCAUUCGCACCCUACUCCUUCGACGUGGUCAUUGCCUCGCUUGUGCUGCACGCAACCAGAAAUUUAGCGCACACGGUGAGAAAUGUGCGUCAACUGCUUAAGCCCGGUGGGUAUCUCUUGCUCUUGGAAAUCACCGAGAAUGAACAAAUGAGAUUCGGACUCAUUUUUGGAGGGCUUCCGGGUUGGUGGCUGGGCUACGACGACAGGCGCCCCCUUUCUCCUUGCGUGGGUCUGGACAAAUGGUCGAAAGUACUGAGAGAAAAUGGUUUCUCGGGUAUAGACUCUGCAAUCCCCCACCAUGAUACUUUGCCCGUUCCUCUUUCGGUGGUUGUCUCCCAGGCUGUGGACGAGAGGGUGCAGUUCCUGCAGAGCCCUCUCCUGUCAAAUUACCGGACAACAGUCAUUUCACGGUUGACGGUAAUCGGUGGCGGUGGUGCAAAGAGUGCUCAACUCACAAAGGCAGUCACUCAGUUGAUUCGUCCACAAUGUGGACAGAUCCGAGCUGUCGAGUCACUGCAUGAAAUUCGCGCCGAGGACCUACCAGUUGGCGGAAGCGUCCUGUGUCUUACGGAUACUGACGAGCCGGUUUUCAAGUCCAUGGACGCGGACAAGUUACGCGGAUUUCAGGAGAUUUUCAAACAAUCCAAGAAUGUCUUGUGGAUUACUCAGGGGUCGCGCUCUGGUGACCCAUAUGCCCGAAUGGUCGUCGGUUUCGCGCGCACCAUGGUUCUCGAGAUGCUCCAUCUUCGUUUGCAAUUGCUCGACGUCUCACCUGGCUCUAUUCCAGAUCCUAAGCCAAUUGCUGAGGCGAUGUUGCGCCUGGAGGUGACUGGGACAUGGGAAGAUGCCGGCACAGAUGAUGGCCCCAUUUUGUAUUCCGUUGAGCCCGAGCUUUCUCUCGAGGAUGGAAAGUACUCCGUGCCCCGGUUCAAGCUCAACGAGGAGCAAAACACCCGAUACAACUCUUCAAGGCGAAGCAUUCAAUGCGAGCAGAGUAUCCGGGAUACUCCCGUUAAGCUCGUCUAUCGCGACAAUACCGUCUGUCUCCUCGACGCUCCUGAGUCCUCGACCACUGCUAUACUAGAGCCUUCCAUGAAAUGUGUUGAGUUUGAUGUUAUCUACUCCAUCAACAAAGCAGUGGAGGUACUCCCUGGAUGUUAUCUGUUCUCCAUCGUUGGUAAAGACCGGGACACCGGAGAGCAGUUCAUCGCGCUGUCCCCUGAUCAAAGCUCGAGGGUACGGCUUCCCAGAUCCCUUUUGAUGCCACAAGCCAAUUCCGGGGACGAAGAAAAGACCCUGCAGGUCUUCUACAACGAGUUGCUGGCCCACUCUAUCAUGCGAGAUGUACCGUAUGACAGCGAUGUGGUUGUACUAGAUCCAAGUCUUGCCCUUGCAGAUGGGCUUAAAAACGUUGCUCGGGAGAAAGGCGUGAACCUUGCUCUUUGGACAACGAACGCUGGCAUAACUAUGUCGCAUUGGACAUACCUCCAUCCGAAGGCGUCCAGGACUGAAAUAGGGAAGAUACUAUCCAGCAAAGUUACGUGCUUCAUGAACAUGGGCACCAAUGACUCGCUUUCUGCCAGGGUUAUCGCUUGCCUUCCACACUUUACACAGGUCAAGUCGGAAGGCAGCCUUACCACGCUGACGGGUCAUCUCACACUAAAUGUGUUGUCUGAUAUCCGCUUACUGCUCAGUGAUGUUGGCCAUGCGCUGACGACGCGACGCCAUUUUCGCUCGCCAGACCUUUCUACUGUCUCACUGAAGGAGAUUGUGGCUCGAUCAAGCGUCUCAGAUACUUGUCUUAUCAAGUGGGCAGACGAUUCAUUGGUUGCGCGGGUGACAGUUGAGCCCAUUGAAACUAAGGUACACUUUCGCAGUGACAGAACCUAUUGGCUGGUCGGGUUGACUGGUGGUCUCGGUCUCUCCUUAUGCGAGUGGAUGGCACAGCAGGGAGCACGGUACAUCGUUCUGUCCAGCCGCAGCCCCAAGGUUGAUGGACGGUGGUUAAACAAGAUGAAGGCAAUGGGAGUGACCGUUGAGGUCAUGGCGAAUGAUAUAUCUAAGCGCGACUCCGUCCAGUCUGCUUACAGGAGAGUCUGUCAGGAAUUGCCGCCAAUAGCUGGAGUGGCCCAGGGAGCUAUGGUUCUUCACGAUACCAUGUUUUUGGACCUCGACAUGGAGCGCAUGAAUAAGGUGCUCCUUCCCAAAGUCAAGGGGAGCACCUACUUGGAAGAAAUCUUCCGAGACACCGAGCUGGAAUUUUUCGUCUUCUUCUCGUCGAUGGCUGCAGUGACCGGCAAUCCUGGUCAGUCAGCCUAUGCGGCGGCGAAUAUGUUCAUGGCAAGCCUUGCAAACCAACGUCGCCAGAGAGGGCUGAACGCGUCCGCUGUGCAUAUCGGUGCUAUUUUCGGCAAUGGUUAUGUGACUCGAGAACUGACUCUGGCCCAGCAGGAAUUCUUACGCAAGGUUGGCAAUCUAUGGCUAUCAGAGCAUGACUUCCGCCGGCUUUUUGCGGAAGCCCUGUAUGCUGGACGACAUCAACGGGGACGCAGUCACGAGUUAUCUACUGGGUUGAAGAUCAUCGACAGCGAUGAGUCGCAAGCGAUCACCUGGUUCAACAACCCCAUGUUUCAGCACUGCAUCAAGAAGACGGGAAGGACAGAACUUGUCGCCGAGGGCUCCACAUCCGGGGCUCCUGUUAAAGUGCGCCUGUUAGAAGCCGUUAGUCCGGCGGACGUGUAUGACAUUAUCUCAGAUGCCUUCGUGAUGAAGCUGAAGACCAACUUACAAGUGGAGGAUGAUCGACCGAUUGCCGGUCUGACGGCCGACACGCUGGGGAUUGACUCCCUGGUUGCGGUAGACAUCCGGUCGUGGUUUAUCAAGGAAUUACACGUCGAAAUACCUGUUCUCAAGAUCUUGAGUGGAGCAACAGUGGGCGAAAUCCUUGUCCAGGCCCAGGAACUGCUCCCGAAAGAAUUAACGCCAAAGCUGGAUCCAAACGCAAUAUCAAAGCCUUCGAAGCCCAGGCAGACAGUCCCGAGUCAACAGUUGUCAGUAGCUGAAGCCAAUGCCUCUACACUAGGGCACAGCACACAGAGUCGGCAUGAGAUUGAUCCGCCUACGGCGACGCCUUCUCCUGACGCGACCAAGACUGUCAGCUCAGUUAUCGUAGAAAACGUAUCGGAGAAUUCAGACUCUUCCCUGCAGGCAUCUGCAACAAUUGAUCUGAGCCCAGACAGCAAACAUCGCCCUGACCAAGAGGUUCUAAUUUCCAGCAUCUCGUCCUCUUCGUGGUCCGAGAUCGAUGAAUCUGAAGGGAAGACAGAGCUCUCCUCCUCAAAAUCGUCCACAACUACCAGUCACAUCAUCCCCAAGACCAUAGCCGUGGAGGCUAAGAAGAGUGUUCCCAUUUCAUUUGCUCAAUCCAGAUUUUGGUUCUUGAGACACUAUCUCAAAGAUCCAUCUACAUUCAACAUAACGGUUUCUAUUCGCCUUGACGGUCCCUUAAGAGUGAAUGAUUUUGCGCGUGCUGUCCAAGUCAUUGGACAGCGUCAUGAGGCCUUGCGUACGCGGUUCAUCACCGAUGAUACACAAGGCACCAUAAAGCAAGAGGUUCUUGCAGCUUCCUCUUUAAUUCUGGAGCAGCGAGCCAUAUCGGGUGACGACGAAGUUGACGAGAUCUAUCAAGAAAUCAGAGGUUAUGUAUUCAAGGGUGAAGAGGGGGAGAACAUGCGAAUUCUCCUUCUUCAAAAGUCAAGUGUUUCGUUCCAGCUCAUCAUAGCAUAUCACCACAUUAACAUGGAUGGAGCGAGCCUAGAGGUGCUUCUUGGGGACCUGCAGAUGGCUUACGAAUCCAAAUUCCUAAGUCCCCGGAUCCUUCAGUACGCUGAUUUCUCAGAGCAACAGAGACGAGAAUACCAGGCUGGGGAGUGGGCUGAUGAUCUUGCCUUCUGGAAGAGGGAGUUCGAGGUGAUUCCCAGUCCUUUGCCCCCCCUUCCUAUGGCUCGGACGUCUGCCCGGGUAACUUUGGCGACGUAUGAAACUCACACGACGGAAUACCGUAUUGAUUCAGCACUGCUGAAAAGCAUUCAAGCUACGUGCGAUCGGAUGAAAGUGACAGCCUUUCAUUUCCACUUGGCUGUCUUUUACACCAUGUUGAUCCGCCUUGUGGAUGUGGAGCAUCUCAGCAUUGGCAUCAGCUCUGCAAACCGGUACCGCAAAGACAUGUUGCAGAGCGUGGGCCUGUAUUUGAACCUCCUGCCACUCCAUUUCACGCCUCAGAUGGACCACACUUUUACCAAUAUUUUGCACAUUGUCCGGGAAAAGUCACUGAACGCUUUCGCUCACUCCAAGGUCCCGUUCGAUGUCAUCGUGAACGAGCUUGGAGUUCCUCGAUCUGCUUCCCACAGCCCCCUGUUCCAGGUUCUGGUGAACUAUCGGGCAGGUGUCUCUGAGAGUCGGACGUUCUGCAGUUGCGAGAGUACGGCCACGGCGUUCGAACAAGGCCAAGCCCCAUACGACGUGAGCUUGGAUAUUAUCGAUAAUCCUGAUGGAGAGUGCCAUGUCAUCAUUGCCGGUCAGUCGGUUCUGUAUGAUGCACAACACGUGGAUGUUCUGGGCCGCGUUUAUCGGAAUCUUCUCACUGUAUUUGCUCGCAAUCCGGCACUACGGUUGGACGUACCGGCAUUAUACGAAGCCGAGGAAGUGAAACGUUCCAUAAAACUCGGACACGGUCCCGUAUACAAGUACAAAUGGCCAGAAACAAUACCCGAACGCAUUGACAUUAUGGUGCAGCGCUAUGGCACGCAUGUGGCUCUGAUUGAUGGUAACGGGCGGAAGACGACCUACACGCAAAUGGAUCAGAGAGUGAAUUCCCUCGCCAUGGCUCUUUUGGAGCGGGGCGCUGGUCACGGAAGCAGGAUCGGCGUUUUCAUGGAGCCAAGAUCCGACUGGAUAUGUUCUCUCCUUGCGAUCUUGCGUCUUGAUGCGAUAUACGUUCCCUUGGACAGUCGUAUGGGACUGGAUCGCCUCGCGGCGGUUGCGCAAGACUGCAAGCCUGAUUUGGUGCUGGUGGACAAUAUCAGUGCGUCGGAUUUUGCGUCCCUCAAAACUCCUGGCUCCUCCAGUGUGAAUGUCGACCAAAUCUUCUCCCGCUCUGACGACCCCAAAGUACCAAACGCCGCCCGUCCCAGCUCCACGGCGGUGAUUAUGUAUACCAGUGGUUCUACUGGAGUCCCCAAAGGGAUCGUCAUGCAGCAUCAGACAUUCCGAAAUAACAUCGAGACCUCCACAGACAAAUGGGAUUUCCGCAAGGGAAGUGAAAUCGCAUUGCAGCAAAGCUCCUACAGUUUCGACAUGUCUCUAUCUCAGACCUUCCUGGCUUUGUCAAACGGUGGUACUUUGCGAAUUGUCCCAAAACAGCUACGAGGCGACCCACAGGCCAUAUCCUCUCUGAUCGCUACUGAGGGAAUCACCUUUACGGAAGCUACUCCGUCGGAGUACAUCAGCUGGCUUCGUUAUGGCGACACGGACGGCCUGCGACAAUCUAGCUGGCGUGUCGCCGUCAGUGGAGGGGAAGCGGUGACUGAUACCUUGACUCUAGGCUUCCGACAGCUUGAGAAAUCAGAUUUGGAAUUGAUCGAUUGCUAUGGCCCCACAGAGAUCACAUUCUGCUCUCACAGCAGAAGAGUCAGCUAUGAUGGUGAUGACAGCACUACUAGUCCAGGUUUUCAGACAUGGCCCAAUUACUCGGUCUAUAUAGUGGACAGAUAUAUGAAGCCCGUACCCGCCGGCAUUCCAGGACAAGUCAUACUUGGUGGCGCUGGGGUGGUAGCUGGCUACUUACACAGCGAGCUCGAUACCAGUGGAUUUGCCAGAAACCAGUUCAUGUCUGCAGAAUUCUUGGAGAACGGAUGGACCAGGAUGCAUCGCACCGGAGAUUCUGGCCGACUCACCCAUGACGGAAAACUUAUAUUUGGGGGUCGAAUUGCCGGCGAUACGCAGGUGAAGCUCAGGGGCAUUCGAAUCGAGUUGCAGGAGGUUGAGUCGGCGAUUGUCAACAGUGCAAAUGGCAAAAUUAUCGAUGCUGCCGUCCUGGUGCGGAAGUCCGCAGCCACCGGCUCUGAGGCGUUGAUUGCCUACGUCACGUUGCUAGGUGCUGACGAGGGCGACAAGAACAAUGAGCCGCUGGAGCAGAUCCGUCAGCAACUUCCACUGCCGCAGUACAUGCGCCCGGCCGUCAUCAUUCCGCUUGACCGGAUGCCCAUAAACUCCUCCAACAAGAUCGACCGUCUCGCCCUCAAGUCGCUGCCUCUUCCUCCAGUGCUCCAGACCGGCGAGGCAGAGUCACACACCGACGAGUCUCCGUCCAUAGCAAAGAUGAGAGUAGUGUGGGCGAAUGUCAUCCCGAAAGAAAUCCUUGCACACUUUCAACUUCGCCCUUCUUCCGAUUACUUCCAUGUCGGGGGCGACUCGAUGCUCCUUGUGCGCCUCCAGUCCGAGAUUAACAAGGUCUUCAGUACAACUAUUUCGCUUUUUCAAUUGUUCGAUGCUAGUACUCUUGAAGGUAUGGCAUCCCUGGUUGCCGACUCAGGGUCGACACAGGAGAAAGUGGCAGUCGACUGGGAAUCCGAAACGGCAGUUUCUCGCAAUCUGCUCCAAGUUCCGGCUACCAAGCGGUUUUCUGCCCAUCCAUCGGUGGUUGUGCUAACGGGAGCAACGGGAUUCCUGGGUCGUGCGAUCUUGAACCGGCUGUUGAAGGACUGCAGUGUGCAAAAGAUCCAUUGUCUUGCUGUCCGUCGCGAUCCAAGCAGUCUCCCUGAAGUCUUCCAAUCGCCAAAGGUCAUCAUUCAUCGAGGUGAUCUAACUUUACCCCAAUUCGGGCUCACGGACCGGACGGUUGCCGACAUCUUCGCUGAAUCCGACGCAGUGAUCCACAACGGGGCUGACGUCUCCUUCCUGAAAUCAUACCACAGCCUAAAGCCAGCGAAUGUCGAAGCGACCAAGGAAUUGGUCCGCCUGUCAAUCCCCUAUCGCCUGUCCUUCCAUUACAUCUCCACCGCAAGCGUGACUCAUCUUACCGGCCAGGAAGACUUUGACCAAAGCUCCGUUAGUGGCUUCGCCCCAUCCCUUGACGACGGCUAUGUAGCCUCCAAAUGGGCUAGUGAGCGCUAUCUGGAAAAGGUCAGUCAUCAGUGUAGCCUGCCCAUCUGGAUCCACCGUCCAUCGUCGAUCACUGGUGACGGGGCCCCUGAGACCGACAUGAUGUCCAAUCUGCUUCGCUACUCCCGGACUCUACGGGCCAUCCCUCAGACUGAGGGAUGGGCUGGCUGGCUGGACUUUGUAUCUGCGGAUCGAGUAGCCAUGCGGAUCGCGGAUGAGGUGUAUGAGGAUUACUCCUGGCCCGGGACAGUCAAGUACCUGUACGAGUCGGGUGAUCGUGAGAUCCCUCUGUCUGACCUUAAGGCUGUCUUGGAGCGAGAGACUGGCGAAACGUUUGAGGUGGUGCCGCUCAGAGAGUGGGUGUCACGUGCGGAAGCACAGGGCCUGCAUCCAUUACUUGGGGAGUACUUGCAGAAUAUCUCCGGCAUGCCUCUUUUGCUUCCUCGACUUGUUCAGCAGGAGGAUCUCUUCUAA